AUGCAAGAAAGGCUGAUGUUCAAUUUCGACGUGGCUACGCAGGCGGACGCGUCCAAGCAUGUCUUGGGGAACCGUGUUUUUGAACCACUCUUCCGAGUCAGGAACUUCGACGUGUCCAUAAAUUGCAUUCUGGAUUUUGACGACGAUUUUUUGGGUGCUAUGUCGCGCGCAUGGCCGGCCCUCGGGACAUUCGAAUGUAACAUCUACCGUCGCUGGGGGCCUGGUAAGCCGCGCGCAACGGUGGCAGGACUCAUCCCGCUCGCCCAGAAUUGCCCCGACCUAUUCUCUCUUGAGCUGGCGCUCGGCAUAGGCCUGAAGAGAAAGGAGAUUGAUCUCGAGAAGCUCCCCGGGGGUGGGAUGCACCACUCUCCCUUAGAGAAUAUGCAAGUGGGCUUUUCCGUUGUCAGCGAUACUGAGGCUCUCGCUGCAUUCCUGUCUGGCCUGUUCCCCCAGCUAUGGUUGAUUGGCACCGGUUGGCCCGUCGAGGAAGACGAAGACGCAGAAUAUCCUGAAGAGGAGUGGGAGAAGGGGAGGGUACUGGCAGAACUGCACGUGACAGUUGAGCGAGCCUCCGAUGAUGCACCAGAUCAGGCCAGGAAGUUUUUUGCAGCUCUUGCAGAGCACCGGUCUCGCCGCAUGCUGCAGAUACUGGAAUUCAAUUUCAACGUGGGAGUGCAGGUGGACGGGACCAAGCACGUUCUAGGAAACAAUAUUUUCAAACCACUUCUUACCCUCCCGAGAGUCGAUAAGCUGGAGAUGUCCAUGAACUGCGUAAUGGACUUCGACGACAAUUUUAUAGCAGCCAUGUCACGCGCGUGGCCAGCCCUCCGCAAAUUCGAAUCCAAUGUCGACCAUCGCUGGGGAGAAGGGAAGCCUCGAAUGACGCUGGCAGGACUCGUCCCGCUCUCGCAGAAUUGCCCCGACUUAUUUUCAAUCGGGUUGACGCUCGACGCGAACCUGACGGGAAAGGAUAUUGAUUUAGAGAAGGUCCCCAAGUGCGGGGAACACCAGUCUUUCCUAGAAGAGAUGCAUGUGGGCUAUUCCAUCGUCAACGACCCCGAGCUCCUCAUUCGGUUCCUAUCUGGCCUGUUCCCCCACUUGCGGUUCAUAAGCACUGCUUGGCCAAACGCACACGAGGACGAGGAGGCAGAACACCCUGACGAGGAAUGGGAGGAAGGGAGGAAGUGGGCGCAGGUGAAAGUAUAUUUCCCGCAUGACGAUGAGGACCUUUAA